AACUACCCACCUCUCUUUACCAAACUUCCAUACAUACACAUUCAUGUAUCUAUCAAUUCUUUCAACAACUCAAACUUAAAAAAUCUUUCCAGCAUUCAUCAAUCAUCACCAAAAGUUUUUACCUUUUUAGCGCUUCUGUAAAAUCUUGAAUUAACCCAACUUAAAAAAAGAUAUUGAUUUGGGUAUUUUGUUUUGAGCUUAAAGGUUAAAGCUUUGUGCAAAAAUGGUGGUUUCUGGUGCAUUAAGUUAUGGAAUUGGUGGUUUUAUAAGUGAAAAAAGGACAAUUAGGAGACAUUUGGAUACUCAAAUACUUGCACAAAGGUUUGGGAUUAGUCGAAUUGGGAUUCGGAGUAAGAGAUUAAAAUUUAAGAAUGUAGUCAAGGGAUGUGGGUUGAUUAGUGAUCAAGAGGCUUUGGGGUAUGACUUGGGUGCUUCCAAGUUGGAGGAAAGAUUAGCCAAAACUCGAGAUAGGACGCGAGAUAGGCUCAUUAACGGCUCGAUUGAUGAACCAAUUGAAUCGGUGGGUACUUUGAUUGAUGCUAAACCGGCUCCAAGCGUUCAAACUGAGCUCGUGUUACUUGCAUUGCCGGCUAUUGCAGGGCAGGCGAUUGAGCCUUUAGCACAGCUUAUGGAGACGGCUUAUAUCGGUAGACUUGGUGCCUUGGAGCUGGCAUCAGCUGGUGUAUCUAUAUCUAUUUUCAAUAUAGUAUCGAAGGUGUUCAAUAUUCCCCUGCUUAGCGUUGCCACUUCAUUUGUGGCAGAAGACAUAGCUAAGUAUGCACAAAGUCAUUCGGAUUCAGAGGAAAGAAGACAAUUGCCCUCAGUUUCUACUGCAUUAGUUUUGUCUAUCGGAAUUGGUAUGAUAGAGGCAGCAGCAUUGUAUUUUGGAGCCGGAACAUUUCUCAAUUUGAUGGGCAUAUCAUCAGCUUCAUCAAUGCGAAUUCCAGCACAACGGUUUCUUCAGCUUAGAGCACUUGGUGCUCCUGCUGUUGUGCUUUCUCUGGCCAUUCAAGGUGUCUUCCGUGGAUUUAAGGAUACAAAAACGCCUGUUUUAUGUCUAGGAAUCGGAAAUUUGGCAGCUGUUUUCUUCUUUCCUGUCCUUAUGUAUGUUUUUAAAUUGGGUGUCACUGGAGCUGCAAUUUCUACCAUUGCAUCACAAUAUAUUGUGACAUUUGCAAUGAUAUGGCACCUUAAUAAGAAGACUGUGCUGAAACUACCAAAAAUGGAGGAUUUACAUUUUGGAGGUUAUUUGAAAUCUGGUGGUUUUCUGCUUGGUAGAACUCUGGCUGCCGUGGCAACGGUAACCUUAAGUACAUCAAUGGCUGCACGGCAAGGUCCAAUCGCCAUGGCUGCACAUCAAAUAUGCUUGCAAGUAUGGUUAUCUUCAUCACUACUUGCAGAUGCUCAGGCUUCAGCUGGUCAGGCUCUAAUUGCAAGUUCUUUCUCGGAGCGCAACUACAGCAGAGUUAAAGAGAUCACCUUUUAUGCUUUAAAGACCGGAUUAAUUACCGGGGUCAGCUUAGCCCUUAUACUGGGUUUGUCUUUUAGUACCUUAGCCACAUUAUUCACCAACGAUGCAGAAGUUCUAGCCAUUGUUAGAUCUGGUGUACUGUUUGUCAGUGCUAGUCAACCAGUUACUGCUCUUGCUUAUAUUUAUGACGGCCUUCAUUAUGGAGUUUCAGAUUUCUCUUUCGCUGCGUGCUCAAUGAUGUUGGUGGGAGCGAUGUCGUCUGCUUUUCUACUGUAUGCUCCUUCAGUUUUCGGUCUUGCGGGAGUUUGGGCAGGCUUGACGUUGUUCAUGGGAAUGCGUGCCGUUGCAGGAUAUAUAAGGUUAGCAGACAAAAAUGGACCAUGGCGGUUUUUGCAAGAAGUCCCCAACACCAAGAUGGCUGUUCCACAAAAUACUUGAUGAAGUAAUUUAUAGCUGUACCUACAAAAUGCAGGAAUUCCACACUACUCACAUUUGCAUGGGGAGACUACCAUUAGGAAAAAUAUUGCGUUUUUGAUAAGACGUUUUGGCUGAAGUCCCAGGUUCAAUAUUAUACGGAUCCCUCUUGGACGCCUUAUUUGGUUGACAUGAUCGGGUAUUGUCAGAUAGCUAAAAAACCAUGGUAGCUGAAAGUUUUCUCCAUAAUUUAUAGCUAUACACAACUACGUGCGUAGAUGCUUGUUAUUCCUUAGUGCCAUCUUAUAUUCAUUUUUAUUAUGGCUUAUUCAGUUUUAUUUACUAGUGUAAAUAAUUAUUUGUGUUGAUUUGUAUGGUAAUAUAAAUGAUUCAUUUGCCUAA